CUAAAUUGUAUUCAUUUUAAAUGUGUGCCUUUCAAAGAUAAAAUGUUUAAUAAGAAAACACAGAACCUACAAUGAAACAAAGAAUAACAAGGGAAAUUAAAACUGGAUCGAUUUUGUUACGAAGAGAAUUUAUGGCACGCGGUGGUUCUCUUUGUAACUGAUACAAGACAUUAAUUGCGAGAAUAAAACGCACGUAGUUCUAUUCGUAGCCAAGGAAUAAACCAUACAAGGAACUGUUAUCUUUACAGGAGUUUUAUUUAAAAAUAUCUUCUGAUAAGGCUUUAUACUUAAACAUUCAGAAAAAAUAUAAUGAAAAGGAAAACGAGAACACGACUCUAAUGAACUUAAUAAACAACUGGAUUAAAAACUGAUAAUCCGGUAUGCGGAUUAUUGUGUUUAGACCGUAUAUUUUGCAGUGACUGUUGCCUGAAUUGGAGCUAGGCGUUUGGCAAUUUACCUAACGGAUUAUAGUUGCCGCCUGUGAAAUUGUUAAAACAGAAGGUACAGAAUUAUGAAAGUAUUGGAUAAACAAACAGUUAAAUAUAAAUAAAAGAUAUUAUGGUAAUGGUGAAGUAAACAGUGUCUAAAUGUGAGUAACUGGUGCAACUUGUGAACAAAAACAGCUGGAUCAAUGACCAGAUGCCACGGAAAGAAAGUGAUUUCAGCAGUGUUAAUAUAUAAUAUAAGUCGUCAAACAGAAGGAAAACACCUGUGGCGCAAGCAACAAUGCGGCUGUUCAAAGCACAAAACUUUUACGGGGACACAACGUCCCCGCCGCCUCCGCCCCCAUUCUCUAUAGACCGGGAAGUGACGCGCGUCAUGCCGGUCUACCUUAACCAGUAUCGGGACGGCCGCCGCCUGCCCACACCGGAAAAGGUGGCGGUCAUGGAAUUGUCCACAAGCUUCGAGCGCCGCCGCCUGGGGAAGCACCAGAGAAUUCUUAAUGACAUUUCUGAGCGCUGUCGGGCGCAGGAAAUUAACGACCUUAGCAGUAAACUCUCUGCGAAAGUGAACAUACAUCGAGCUGGCAAGCCGAAAGAGAUGACGUUUUAUUCAGCGACUUUUAUGGGAUCAAAGUUUCAUAACAGAGGAAGUAUGAACGAAAACGAAUUCGACGUUCAAAGAGAAAAUGACUGCGUUUCGCCUGAUGUCAAGCCGAAAAUCUUUGAAAAAAACUAUAAACAGUUUCCGGCCCGCAGAGUAAUGAGACAACAAACAAAGUUUGAGUUCCUGCGACAGCCGACCAUGUUGCCAAAAGUGGAGACUGAUAGGCAGCCAACAAUGUCGUCAUCUUCAGACUCCCAGAUAGCCACACUGAGAGCAAAGCUUGCACACCGCCAGCAGAUCAACGGCCCUAUACAGCUAGAUCACUACACGAGUCCUAGACCGGAUCUAGCGCCCCUGGUGCUUCCUUCUCUGGAGCGGGAGUACGGCCCCGCGUCUAUUGAACGCCUGGAGAGGGGCGACACAUGCUUUUCCACCAGUCGCCUCGUUUUGGGCAAGCGGUCAAAGACGCAGCUUACGUUGAACACGACACGCAGCGCGGCAGCAGAGGGUGGACGGCCAGAACCGUUCACGCUGCCGCCAUUCCAUCACGAGCUUUCCCAGCUGCAACUGACUAGUGGUCAUUCGCCACCACCGAACUCCGCGCUUGAACUUGACCCGCCGCCGACCCUUGAUAGAUGAAAUUAUCCACCAUGAUUGUAUGGCUGAAAUCGACAUCCGGGUUUCAUUCUGAGGAGGAGCGACUCAUUAUCCGACGUGUCAUUGCAUAAUUUAAAAAAGCAAAAAAAACAUCAACAGUUAAUUUUAUACUUAUUAGAAACAUUGAAAACCACGAAUACGGCCAAAACUCGAAUGAUUUUUUCCUUUUAUUGAUAAAUGUAUACUUCAUUUGAAUGUUUUCAUAUUACAUAUAUUGAUAUAUUGUGUAAUUAUAAUAUAUAUAUAUAUGUUGAUUUAUUUUUGCUACAUCUAAUAUUUACAGUUGGAUUUGUUUAAUACCGUAAAAACUAAAUAUGAUGUUUUACUGUUUCAAUCCGUGCAAUUUUGAUUUAUUAAGUUUUAUUUUUAUUUUCAUUCGAAUGUGUGUACAUAUCAUAUAUAAGUCAUAUAUAUCUGAUUUUGUGAACACCUUAAACGUUAUGCACCAUGUGUUUGCUACUUUAAAUGUACUUCAACGAGGGUUUAUUGUGUUUCAAUCUUCGGUUUAAAUCCACCCACGGAGAAAAUGUUUGAAUACCUCGUAUCUUUAAAUCAUCAAAAGAAUAAUGCCGAAUGAUAACAGACUUCAAAAUGUCAACGCGUUAAGAUGUUUAUCUUAUUUCUUUGUAUACCCGUCUUUCUGAUAUGGAUUGGCUACUUAAUGCAUUAUCUUCUAGAAACAUUGCGGUAUAAAAUACAAUCCACUCUGAUAUAUUAAAGGGGCAUACUAUAAAUUGAUGCAAAAAUAUUCAUUCUUUAUUUUAAUGCAUAAUUACUGACACAGGUAGCGAUAUUUUGGCGCUUUAAGGCGGGAAGUUUGUGGCCACGUAGCUAUCAAUUUAUAAAAAUACUAAUAUUUUUUUUUACUGAAUCUGUUUUGAUAAUUUUAAUCAAAUGGGUUAAACAUAAUUAUGUAUUAAAAUUAUAUUAAAAUUGUAUUGUGCCCCUUAAAAUGAACUGACAUUAUGUGAAUAGCAAUUUCGUAUUAUAUUAUUUGUAAAUGUU